UGGGAAUAAGGAAGUCAUCUACAGACUGGACCGAGACCAGGACGGCUCGGAGAAGCAAUUCUGGAUUAUUUUAAUGUCCGUUUAUGAACCACAGAGGUAACGUUAUUAUAUUGGGAUUUCUCAGACACCCAGAUACUAUUUAAUGUUAAAAUACUGAGACUAUUUCGUAGCUACUGUGAUCUGUUAACUGUAUGUGGCUUCAUGUGACAAUGAAGGUCCUGAGCACGCGUUCAUCACGCAGAGUCUGGGGUCCAAAGUGGACUAGAGGGAUAUUAUCAGCUUCCAUCAAUGGAGAGAGACCGUGAAGAGGAAGCAGGCGUGAAAGAAGAGGAUGGAGAUGAGCCAGUCUGCUGGAGGAGAAUCAGACUCUUCCAUGGAUGGUCUGGCCUGUGGAAUCAGGAAUGGACAUCUUUCUUCAUGUGAGGAGGAGUUAGGGAUAAAAACACUGAAUCGUGCAGAGGUUGUGGAGCCAGAUGAGAGUUUGGUUGCUCCUUCUAGCCUUAUGGACACCUUUGGUCCUUCAUUAUCAAGCCUCUCCUCCUCUCUGUCCUCCACUCAUCAUCAUAGUACAUUUUCUUCAUCGUCUUCCUCUUCAUUAUCUCUGUCUCCACCGUUGCCUCCCUCUGUGGAGCUCUCGGCUGUGCUGACUGAUACCAGGCUGACCCUAGAUGUGUACCAGGGAGGGACAGCAGCCGUGCCGCUGCUAUGGGAGUCCAUCCCCGGCCGGCUGAAGGCCCUUCAGUAUGUCAGGCUGGGCUCUGAGGAGAAAACCGGGCUCGAUGGUGCACUGGAAGUCAUACCACAUCUCACACAACUCUGCUCGCUGGCUAUUCGAGGUCACCGUUUUUACAGUGCACAAGGUGACCCUUUACCUGGACUCCUCACCACUUUACCUGGGUCCAUUUCCUCCCUUUCUCUUCUGGUGCACCUGGACCUCUCCUUCAACCAACUCACCUGCCUGCCUCCCUGCUUGCUCAGAUUGCCAGUGCUGUCCUCCUUGCUUCUCUGUCACAACUGCCUCUCUUCUUUGCCUCCUGAUCUGGGACAGCUGUCCUCCCUCACAGAUUUCUCUCUCCUUGGGAACCAGCUGGUCUGUCUCACUUCAAGUGUUGGUCAGCUGAAAGCGCUGCAGAAACUCGAUGUUUCAUAUAACCUCCUUGAGCACCUACCUGAUGAAAUUGGAUGUCUGGGAGAUCUUAUUACACUGGAGUUGUCUCAUAACAAAAUGAAGCGGCUACCAGAGACCAUGGGCUCUCUCCUUUCCCUCAGGGAACUCAUUGUCCACAGCAAUGACCUGCGCCUGAUGCCACAGUGCCUGAAUAAACUGCCUCUGCUGAAAAUAGACAUGCGUAACAAUCCUUUGGGACAACCCCCAACCCCUCCUCCUCUCCCACUCACAUCAGAUAAAACAGAGACAAAAAUCCCAGAGUUGCAUCUUGGGUUUAAUCAGCACAGUUUCUCUGUUUCGUCUGCUGGGUGUCAUGUGUUUCUCCCAGGGGGGGCUGAGCUGCUGUUCCCCCCAGGGUGCCUGCUGACGACUACAACGCUGGCAUGGGUUGAAAAAACGCCAGAACGGAAGUGGGUGCGACUAGAGGAGCAUGACAUCUUACUGAGUCGUCCACUGGAACUUCGUCCUCAUGGAAUUACAUUCUUAAAGCCAGUGGAGGUGUGUGUGUCGUAUCAUCGGACCAAAAAAGGAGAGGUGGUUGUGCGGAAAUUUGAUGGCCAGUCAUGGAACACCCUUCCCACUGUGCUCAGGAGAGGAAGUCAGAAUCAUAGCUGCCAUCCAGGAGGACACCCGGCCAGGCUGGCCUGCUGCUCGGUGACCCAGUUCUCAUGGUUUAUGGCAGUGUCCCGCCCAAUCAGGGACAGUUGCUCUGUUACACCUUCGGGGGCAUUGCUGGUGUCCAGCGCCGAUCCUGGUAUUAAACUUCACUUCCCUCCACAUGCUACUGUGCAAACGCGUGUUAUAACUUUACAGGUGCUGUGCGUGUCCCUGUCAGAGGUACAGUCGCUGUGCGGCGAUCCUCACGCUAGUGUUAGUCCUCUACUCUGCCUCUCUCAGACUCCCAGCAUACAUUUCCUGCAGCCUGUCAAGGUUCAGGUGCCUUUGCCGUCUGGAGUCACAGGCCAUACAGUUGAUAAGUCCUGUUUACGUCUUCUACAUGGUGACCCCACUGCCCAAACCUGGACUGAUAUCACAUCACAAGUGUCUCUCUACAUCACCCACUUGUAUGCCAUUUUCUACAUUACACACUUCUCCUGGUACUGGCUGUGGUACACCACUCAGCGCUGUGUUAGCGGGGCUGUCAGGAAGGUUUAUCAAAGGCUAAAACAGUUUAAAGUCCAGUUUGUUGUCCUCCAGCGGAAAAGUGAUCCUGCACAAGUUCUCCUGCAGUGUUUACCUGCUAAUAAGGUGGACACCAGAGUGCAGACUUUAUCAGCGCAAUAUGAUGGACCACAGCCUUCUGACCUGUGUGACCUGCUAGAAGGAGAGCAGUUCUUUGCUGGAUUUGAAAGGGGUUUAGAUAUCAGCGCAGACAGACCCGAUUGUGUCGGGGGGAGACUGUGUUUUGUGUUCUACUCCAGACUGAAGAAUCUGAAGGAAGUGUACAUUUGUCCAGCUCAGGGUCAGAAGGUUCCAGUGAGGGGACAAGUGUCAUUCUAUCGAGGUGAAAUUCCAAGUAAUUUACCACCAGAAGUGGCAAGAAAGAGGAAAGGACUGGACAGCCAGUGGUUUGCAACCCUACCGCUGAGACUUCCUGCUGUAAACACUGACAAUAGUUACAACUUGGAAGAGCUUCAAUAUCCUCCUCUGAACCUGGGUGACCCUGAGAGCGGCUACCUAACAGAAGCCAACUUGCUGUCCAUCUCUCUUCAAAUAGGACAGGACUGGCGCAUCAUUGGCAUCAAUCUUGGUUUAAGCUAUGAGGAGCUGGACCGCAUCCAGUACAAGUUCAGGGACAACCUAGGAGGAUUGGUUCUAGACAUGCUGUUCCACUGGGCCCGGGGACAAAGGGAUGCAGGAGCAGUAUCAAGACUGGUGGCUGCAAUGAAGGAGAGCGGCAGGAAAGACCUUGCAGAUGAGAUCGAGGACAUAAUUAGUCUAGGACGGAGAAAGUACACGGAGUCAUUGAAGAGAGUGGGUCUGGAAUCUCAGAGCUCUGCCCUGUGUGGAACACAGCAGGAGAUAAGCUCAUGUUUAAUGCACGUGGCUGACUAAACACUUGAGUGACCUGUUUACGGUGUGUCCCCAUCAUCCCAGUUUUCUAUAGAACUGUGUCCUGGAGUAUUAAAUAACCAAAACAAAUUAAAGGCAACGUUGUUGUGAUUUGGCGCUAUGUAAAUUAAAUAAAUUAAAUUAAAUCCUCGAUCAACACAGUUAAUAAGUCUCUUGGGUGUCAUCAUCUGGCAGUUUAUUCCUGUGUUCUCUUCAUCCCACAGCACCAGUUCUACUUACCAAAAGUGGCCCACUAGGCAGUUUGCAUUCCACACCUAGCU